CAUGGAAGGCGCCUGACUUUAACAAAGGAACAAAAGAGCAAGAUCCUUGAUGGAAUGGGCUGUGCAAUGUACCAAUACAAAGCCUACCCAAGUGGCAGAGAAAUCUUUCAGGCUGCUGAGGCCUUGGUGCGUAAACAUCCAUGUUUAGAGGAGACAGGGUCCAAAAAUGGCUGGGAAGGCUGGAAGGACAGCCUUACAAACAAAAUGAACAAUUACCGACGCAAGCUGUGCAAAUCUGGAUGCCCAGAGGUCAAAGUGAACAGUGGCAGGAGGAGCAGAGCCAAUCCUGAUGCAGCUUCUCCACAUGCCUCCAUUAAGCGGCCACGACGUGCAGAAGUCAAUUAUCUGCCGCAGCUUCCUCAGGGGGAAACGCUGGACACUUUGGAAGUGCUCAGAGUCAACAUGUUGAUGGAAAUGGAGAAAAAGGAUAAAGACAGCAUAAAUUUCUCAGUGAUAGACACCAACAUGAACAAGACCUUUGCUGCAAGAAGGCUGGAGAUUGUAAAUUCAAGUCCCUCUGUGGAGCAUGUUCAGGAAAGAUGGCCAGCUCUUUUCCUGGAACACCAGGUUCGCACAGAAUACCAACGCAUCACCAACCAGCAGCUGAGAGUUGAACUGUAUGCUGCAUUGGAUCAACACACAGAUCGUUUGCUGGCUAUAGCCAGAGAGAUGCAGGGAAAAUCUGGUCGAUGUGCCCAGAAGAUCUCUUCCAUCUUAAAGGCAUACUCUCAGCAAACACAAGACAUCAAUGUGGACCGGAUUGCAGUUCUCCGGUGUCUACCAGUGCUGCUGCAAGAAGACGACUCAGAGCUGUUCUACACCUGCAAGGAGGGUGAUCCUACCAUUAAGAGAUCUGCUGCCAUUGUGUCCAUCAUUGCUGACAGUGAGGAUGUAAACAUGGUGCCAUACCAUCCCCGUGAAGUCAAGGUCUUCCUCCAGGAUCAGGUUGUCUUGCAGGGGACUGAGUGCUGGCCUGAUGCACUCCUGUACUUGUAUGGCUUGCUGUAUGUCCUCCAGGCUGAGUACCCAAAAGGCAUGACGUAUACGUUCGAGUUCAUUCAGAAAGUCCUUCUGAAUGUGGGUGGAGACAAACUGAAACCCAAGACGCUGUCCUUAAAAAAUAAGCUACAGUAGUGUACAAACAAGUACAGACAAUGUUGAAAUUGUUUUGUUGUUAUGGAGAUGUUGAGCUGUUCUAGCCCUGAUUGAUACUGUAUCUAAAAUGGCAUGGCACCCUGUCAGCUUUCAUGAUCAGUUAAAGGAAUAGUUAUUUGGGGAAAUACACUUAUUUGCUUUCAAGUACAGAGCUGGAGCCAGGAGGGGAUUAGUUCAGUUUAGCAUAAAGAAUGGAAGCAGGAGGAAACCACAGGUCUGGUUCUGUCCAAAAUUCCAAAAUACAGGCUCCCUGAUUAACACGUUCUAUCAUAUUUUCUUAUUCUGUACACAAAUCAAAAACUACAAGCUACCCAAAGCAAAAUCAGUUGCAUAGUUAGCAAAGAAUGUGUCAAUUUAGGUCAGGAUUGAUCACCAUGGUAAAUAGAAGACAAGUACUUGCAGACAUGUUAAAAUUGUUGCAGUUGUUUCAUGAAGAUGUUGAGCUGUUGACCCUGAUUGUGGUCCUUGCAAAAUAAAAAAAGAUAAACUUUAAA